UCAUGCCGAGAGGUGCUCAGCUGUUCCUGCUGCUGGCUCUGGCGACUGCUGCUCGAGUUCUCGACACGAAGGCAGAAUCCGCGCUGACGGAGGAUGAUUCGCAGUCCUCGUCCCAGGACAGCAGAGUGGCUUCGCACGACAGAAAUGAAGAAACCGUGGAAGAUCGUCCCGAUGGUGAGGCCCCGAAUGCGCCGUUUCGCAGAGGUAGAGAGGCGCCGGGGUUCGAUUCUCGUGUCGAUGGACGGAAUGUGAUCGGUGAUGAAUCGAGAACAAAUGAGGGACCGUGGUUAGCAAUGCUAGAGGAGAGUUACAUCCCUGCAGGGUCGGCGCGAGAAGUCGUCCAGCGAGAAGCUGCGAUACACGAAGACCCUGGGGAGUGGUUCGGUCCACGGUACGGACGACGAAGCAGCUGUGGUGUUGACGCUCCCCUGAAGUGGCUGCCCCAAGUGGAAAAGCGGGCGGCCAAGUCCCCAGCACUGUGGUUCGGACCGAGAGUGGGUCGCAGCGCGGACAGACAGCCAAAAGGUGAAGACGCGCUUUGGACGGACGACGAGAGGGAGUUCAAGGACGGUGGAUCCCAGCGCCAAGACAGGCGUGCCCAGCCGCCCGGUCUGUGGUUCGGACCCCGAGUUGGUCGGCGCAGUGAUGCCCAAGUGGACGACAUGCUAUGGUUCGGACCCCGUCCCGGUCGCAGUGUAGAUGUGGACAAGCAGGAGCAGACUGAGGAUCUGUACGACGAUGGAGUCGCGACGCGGGACCAGAGGGCUGCUAAGCAUCCUGGAUUGUGGUUCGGUCCCCGCUUUGGUCGAUAAAUUACGUUAAAGUGCUGCAUAGU